AUGCUGUCAUCGGCAUAUUUGCGCCUUAAAUUGCUAAAGAGUAGAAUAUGUGUUCUUGCUGUGCUUCUCUUGCUAUUAGCAUUCAUCUUGACUAAUGGAUCGUUUGAAAGCAGCCAUUGUUCCUGUGACAAAAGUGAAGAACCCGGUGCAUUAUCGUCAAACAAAGUGCAGACAAAGUGCAAAGAGCAAAAUGCUGAAAGUGCAUGGGAACAUACGAAAUCACAGACAAGAGUACAGAAUGUUGUUCGAAAACGGAGACAAAUUAUUCAGCUACAUAAAUCAGCUGUUCGGGUAUACCAGCCGGAAAAAAGUAAUACAGCCGCGCAAUCAGCAAGUGUUGUAAAUGUUUUCUCAUCGCAAAAUAGUAAUACAGCCACAAUGCCAAGGAUAUAUGCAGAUGUUGAUAAACCUAGAGUUUUAUAUCCAAAUUCACCGAUCCAAAACAACAAACUUUCCGUAGGACAGUGGUCUGCAAUAAUAAUGCAAGAUGGAUUACAAAGCACGGGACGAACUGGAGCAAACCCUGAUUGUUCGAUCUGGGGUUCACUCUUUCCACAGUAUAGUGAUAGUGAAAUCUCAUAUUUUCAUCCGACCAAUAAGCCUACGGAAAACUGUUACUGUCCCUAUCCACUGAGAACAAAGAAUACACUCUGUUAUCAUAUGGUAACAUGCUUUCCAAGAACAACUACCAUUUCAAUUUCCUCUACAUCGAUUACCACUACUACAACGAUGUCUACUACAAGUUCAACAACUGACAGUACAACUACUGACAGCACAACGACUGACAGUACAACGACUGACAGUACAACGACUGACAGUACAACGACUGACAGUACAACUACCGAUAGUACAACAACUGACAGUACAACGACUGACAGUACGACGACUGACACUACAACUACAACAACUCCUACAACGACAACAACGAGAACUUCUUCAAAAACGACUCGUAAAACUGAUCGUACAACGUCUGCUACUACUAAAAGAACUAGAACAACAGAGUCUAAAACUACUCGUAGAACGAUGCCCACUACCACCACUCGUAGAAAUAAUCGGUCUUCACCGGGAACUCGAAUGACUAAAACGCCUUCUUCAAAUAAUCGAAAGUAA